AUGGACAACCGCGACCCCCGCCCCAUAGACUUGGAAGACUUGCUCUCUGAUCCUUUCGACCCCGCCCCGCCUCACCCCGCGAGCGACUUUUCGAGCUGGCCUGCCGAGUCCUCACCGGCGCCGGGUGGCGACGAGGGAAUGGACACCGACGGCUCCGAGAUGGAGCUAUCGGACGAGGACUUUGAUGAUGAAGGGCAAAACGAGGAGGACUACGAUGGACGCGACGAAGACGAGGACGACGAGGAGGAAUCCGAUGCCGGAGAGACACUCGAGGACGCGUUCCUGGCGGAUGGUGGGGUGGGCGAUUUGGACGGUUUUAUGGACGAUUUUGAGUUUGAGUUUGAACCUUGGGCGGCUGGGGCUCACGGCCGUGUCGAGGAUGAUGAUGAGGGGCUUUUCGUCGACCAAGGGCCUGGUUUUCUCCCGCCCCUCGAGGAGAUCCUCUCCAACGUUAGACGGAACCACGCACGAGCCCUCGAUCUGGUGUCCGAACUGCAUUCCGAGUCGCGUCAACGAGCAACGGUGCCGCGCCCAAACCCGACCACGUUUCCGCCCCCGCCGGCCCGCGAGGGCUUCACUCGCGACACCGGCAACGACGAUAAUGUCAUCAUCUGCCCCAGUUGCGAGGAGGAAUUGAAGUACGAUCCCGAUGCCGGCAUCGACGAUAGCACGCGACCCGCCAAGAAGAUCCGCACAAGGAAGGACCACGAAGAGCACCACUUUUGGGCGCUCAAGGAUUGCGGCCAUGUCUACUGCAGGAAUUGCUACGAGAACCGUAGUGUCCGCAAGCCCACGGCAAAGACACCGAUGACGCGCUUUCGCCGCGAUCCCGGACCAAGUGUCCCGCCAAAGAAAUCUCUGCGGCCUGUCGACAGGCUUGCCCGGAGCGAGGCCCAACAACCAAGUCAAACUGGGGUCGGGCCCUGUUUCCUUUGA